AUGAUCAAUGCCAGAACCGACCGACCCGUCACCAUCUUAGGUGCCGGAGUCCUUGGCCGUCGCAUUGGAUGCAUCUUUGUCGCAGCUGGCUACAAUGUUCAUAUUCGUGAUCCGUCAACAGAAGCCCUCAACGCCGCAAUGGAAUACAUCGACGCACACAAGGAGGAAUAUUCACUCCUGCCUCGUGUUAACAAUGAGAAGAAAGAAGCCAGACAUGCCGGUCAGGUGGGAAACAAAAGUUCUUUCGGUACCUGCAAGACAUUCGCUGAUAUUGGGCCUGCCGUCUCCAAUGCGUGGCUCGUGAUCGAAGCUGUUCCCGAGAAGCUCGAUUUGAAGAUUGAGACGCUCGCUGAAGUUGAUGCUAAGUCACCUGCGGAUUGUAUCAUCGGGUCGAAUAGCUCGUCAUUCAAGUCCAGCUUGAUGGUGGCUAAAGUUUCUCCUUCUCGUCAACAUCGGGUCCUCAAUAUUCACUUUACUAUGCCUCCUGAUAUUUUGACUGUGGAGUUGAUGACCUGUGGCCAAACGGACUGGGAGGUCCUCACUUAUCUGAAGGAUGUGCUGGGAGAGUGUGGGACGUUGCCCGUGAUAGCUCGACGGGAAUCGACUGGCUUCAUCUUCAAUCGCCUCUGGGCUGCGGUCAAGCGCGAAAUUCUCCACAUCCUCUCUGACGGCGUCAGUGAUCCAGCCGAAAUUGACCUUCUAUGGGAAAGCAUGUUCAAGAACGGGCCCUUGCCUUGUCAACUUAUGGACCGGGUUGGAUUGGAUACCGUUGCUUUCAUUGAGGAAAACUAUAUCAAGGAACGUGGGCUGGAACGUGAGCCUACGGUGGAUUGGUUGAAGAGAGAAUAUCUCGAUCAAGGGCGUCUCGGCAACAAGAGCGAUAAGGGUGGAUUAUAUCCACCGACAACAUCCGCAGAGACCACUCGGUCUCCUGAGAAGGAUAUCUAUCUUCUUGACGUUGGGCUUGGUGCCAAUGCACCCGAUGUGUCAAACGUAAACACAAAUGGCAAGAUCCUCCGCUUCAACCAAACCACGCGAAAACUCACGCCUAUCAUUACUGGAGAAAAUUUGCCUGAUGGAAUAGAUGUUUCUGAGUCUACUCAACGGAUCUUCUGGACGAACAUGGGCCACAGCCUAGCUUCCCGCGACGGAUCAGUCUGGUCUGCGAACCUGGGCGGCAGUGACAAGAAGUGCCUGGUACCAGUCGGAAACGUGCACACGCCAAAGCAGCUUGUAGCCUGUGAGGCCCGCAAACAAGUGUAUUUCUGCGACCGGGAAGGCCAAGGCGUUCAUCGUUGCGACUACGAUGGAAAGAACCAUGAGAUCCUCGUCCAGCGACGUGAGGUGCCCGGCACCUCAAAAGCAGACAGAAUGUUACUAUGGUGUGUCGGAAUUGCUGUCGAUGCUGAACGUGGUUUGAUUUACUGGACUCAGAAGGGGGAUAGCAAGGCAUCCCGGGGCCGCAUCUUCUGUGCGAGUCUCGAUAUUCCGGCUGGCGAGACAGCAGAGAACAGAACAGACAUCAGGUGUAUCAUGGAGGGUCUUCCUGAGCCAAUUGAUAUUGAACUCGACAAUGUGACUCAAACACUCUACUGGACAGAUCGUGGUGAGCACCCGACUGGAUGCGCGGUUUAUCGUGCUUAUGUUGGUGGCGAAAGUGCGGUUAUCCAGAAAGAGAUCUUGGCGCGUCACUUCCACGAGCCCAUUGGACUUAAGUUGAACAAGGAGAAGAACGUUGUUUAUGUCACAGAUCUUGGAGGAAGUUUGUACUCCAUCCCAUUGGAAGGUGGGCUGAAGACGGAGUUGUUGCGCAAUGAUGGAUGCUACACGGGGAUUACUUUGAUUUAA